AUGGCGGCGUACAACAAGGCGGUCAUCAAGAGUGUCGACAUGUCCGAUGUCAUGCAGCAGGAUGCUGUAGACGUGGCCAAAGAAGCGGUGAGUAGAAACGUCAUUGAGCGAGACAUCGCCACCUACAUUAAGGCUGAGUUUGACCACAAGUACUCCCACACCUGGCAUUGUGUUGUGAAUCAAAAUUAUGGCAGCUAUGUCACCUAUGAAGCGAGACACUUUAUCUACUUCAUGUUGGGUCACCUCUCUGUUCUCCUCUUCAAAGCUGGCUGA